AUGCAGCAGGUGAUGGAGAACCUCAAAGGGCUGCCCUCGGGCACUGCAGCGCAGGAUAUGGACCUCAUCUUCCUCACGGGGAUCAUGGAGAGCCCCAUCGUCCGCUCUCUGGCCAAGGCCCAUGAGCGUCUUGAGGUAAUGCAGCUGACUGCGGUGGGGGAGAACAACAUGGAGUUGGUGACGGACAUCCUGGAGUCCCUCCACAGCGCAGAGGGGGACGACGUGGCAGCCGCUGAGCUCACCAGAAUCCUGGAGGAGCCCCACUUCCAGUGUUUAAUCGAGACUCAUGACAACGUGGCUGUUAAGUCCUACGAGAUGUCUCCAACCCCGGGCAGCAGCAGAGUCUCCCUGAGCAGCUCGCUGGUGCCCCCCGACGCCGUCAGGAUGAUCGGUAUCCAGAAGAGGGCUGGGGAACCACUGGGUGUGACGUUCCGCGUGGAGGGGGGUGCGCCGGUGAUCAGGCGGAUCCUGCACGGCAGUGCCAUCGCCAGGCAGGGCCUGCUGCAUGUGGGCGACGUCAUCCUGGAGGUUGAUGGCCACGCGAUGGGCGGAGACCCCAAGGAGCUGCAGGAGCUGCUGAAGGACUGCAGCGGCACCGUGACCCUCAAAGUGCUGCCCAGCUACCGGGAGCCCCCUGCCCCCCCACAGGUGUUUCUGAAGCCACACUUCAAAUAUAAUCCGGCCACGGACAACCUCAUCCCCUGCAGGGAAGUGGGGCUGGCAUUCUCCAGGGGGGACGUUCUUCACGUGGUCAACAAGGAAGACCCCAACUGGUGGCAGGCAACCAACCUGGUGGUUGGAGAUACUGGUCUGAUCCCCAGUCAGUUCCUGGAGGAGAAGAGGAAGGCGUUUGUGAGGAGAGACUGGGACAGCUCCGGCAUGCUCUGUGGAACAAUGACGGGAAAGAAAAAGAAGAAAAAAAUGAUGUAUCUUACCUCAAAGAAUGCAGAGUUUGACCGGUAUGAGCUACAGACCUAUGAGGAGGUGGCCCGCAUGCCCCCGUUCCAGAGGAAGACCCUGGUGCUGAUCGGGGCCCAGGGGGUGGGCCGACGCAGCCUCAAGAACCGGCUCAUCGUCAUCAACCCGCUGAAGUACGGGACCACCGUCCCCUUCACCUCCAGGCGCCCCCGGGAGGAGGAGCUGGACGGCCAGGCGUACCGCUUCGUGACGCGGGCGGACAUGGAACGGGACAUCAAGGACAGCCGCUACCUUGAGCACGGCGAGUACGACGGCAACCUCUACGGCACCAAGAUGGACUCCAUCCACGAGGUGGUGGACACCAGACGCACCUGCAUCCUGGACGUUAACCCCCAGGCCCUGAAGGUGUUGAAGACUGCAGAGUUCAUGCCCUUUGUGGUGUUCAUCGCUGCCCCAGAGCUUGAUACGUUACGAGCUAUGCACAAAGCAGUGGUGGAUGCUGGACUCACCACCAAACUGCUCACGGAGAACGAUCUGAAGAAGACAGUGGAUGAGAGCGCUAGGAUCCGCCGGGCGUACAGCCACUACUUUGACCUGACCAUCGUCAACGACCAUCUGGACAAGGCCUUCGACCAGCUGCAGGAGGAGGUGGAGCACUUGUGUCUCCAGCCCCAGUGGGUCCCGGUCUCCUGGGUCUUCUGAGGACCGCCCUUUUUUGGACUGGCACCACUGCCUCUGCUGCUAGGCUCUCGGAGAAGGAGAGGUCACCAUAGGAGAUGGGACACCUGCACACACACACACACACACACACACACACACACACACACACACACACACACACACACACACACACACAGUGUGGUGGCUCCGUCUAAAUGUGGGUGUCUGUUUCAUUGUGCGCAGAACUAUGCAACCCUUCUAACAACAAAUAGCAAGUGUACUUAUUUUUUUAUUGUGUUGUACCUUCCUGCCAUUGAUGGUAGUACUUCCUGUAAGACCAGGCCAGUAUAUAGGAGGUGUAUGUGUGUAUUUAUUGAAAAGGUUACCUCAGCGUUAAUGUUUACGGUGAUACAUGUAGUACAGUGUCCUCUUAGGUCAAGAGAGACAUGGUCCUACCCUUCUAGCAGAACGCCAGACGUUUUCUGCUUUGUUUUUACCUCAAAGUGGGUCAAAGCUGUAAGUCACACGGUAGGCUACAGUAAUAACAAGUUACCUCUGUGAGCUUGUUGCCAGUCUUUUUCAUUUAAAUGUGGAUUAAAAAAUGGCUUAUUGCGUUUGAAGGUGACCUUAUUACGCUGGUUUCCGUUGUAAGGUACAUUUUCGAGGACUAUUGGUCUAUUCUGGUGCUGCUCUGGUAAAUGGACCUUUAAUAGGGCUCCUAGAAACAGGGUACUAGAUGAACACUUUCAAUAGGGCCACUAGAAACAGAGUCAUGAACACCUUCAAUAGGGCCCCUAGAAACAAGGUCAUGAACACCUUCAAUAGGGCCCCUAGAAACAGGGUAAUGAUAACUUUCAAUAGGGCCCCUAGAAAUAGGGUAAUGAACACCUACAAUAGGGCGCCUAGAAACAGGGUAAUGAGCAUCUACAAUAGGGCUCCUAGAAACAGGUUAAUGAGCACCUACAAUAGGGCCCCUAGAAACAGGGUAUUGCGACUCAGAGGAUUUAUGUGAGAUUUACAAUACUGAAAUUUUAACCAUUUUUUUAAAUAAAGGCCAUAUUUACUUACUAUUUUACAAUAAUUCAGGAAGAUGUAUUUUCAGAUGUUUAAAUAAGUGUUUUCUAAAGGAUCUAUUGUGUUUUUUUUUGUCAAGGACAUGAAGGUAAAUUUACCUUCUACAUGACUUUCAUACUUGUUUUAUAUGUAUACAAUUUAAAGCAUUAAACAAGCUAGUGGUUGCAAUGUU